AUGGCGCGCCUGAGCCUGUAUCGCGUCGUCGCCGCGUUGGCCGCACUCGUGCUCGCGGCGCAGUGGUGGCCGCGGGCGCUGCCGGCGCCGCCGCCGGCGGGCCCCGCGGGGCCCGACGGCAUCGUCCGCCUCCGGCGCGCGUCCGCGCCCGCGCGCCGCGCGCCGCGCGCCGCGCGGACGACCAACGGUACGCGCGGCUGCGGCCCGCCGCUCUUCGUCGUCCACUGGACGCACGUGCCCAAGGCCGGGGGCACGGCGUUCGCGCGAGUCGCGCGGCGCGCGGCGUGCGCGGCGAACCCGCGCCUCGCGGCGGACAACCCCUGCUGCGUCGACGACCUCUGCCUCGGGCCGACGUGCGAGUCGCCGGGCCGCUGCCCGCUGGUCAUGGCCCAGGGCGUCCACACGGCCGCGAUCGGCGCCGCGAUGCAGCGUUUGGCGACGACGGGCCGCUGCGGCUACGACUGGUUCUCCACGACGAGCUCCCUGCGGGCGGCUCUGGGCGAGGAGGCGCGGAGCGGCGAAGCGGCGCGGAACGCGUCGCUCGCGGCCUGGCCCCUCGCGUCGCGCGCGCGGUUCUACGGCGCCGCGGGCGUGCCUCUCGCGCGGCUCGACGCGGACGUCCGCGACUUCGCGCGGACGCACGACGGCCGGGGCUUGCUGGCGGCGGCGUCCGCCGCCGCGGAGCGCCCGCCCUGCGGCGGCGACGCCGCGCGGGGCGCGCACUCGCUGACCGUCGUGCGCCACCCCUUCGCGCGCGCGGUCUCCGCGUUCUACUACCGGGGCCACAGCCCGAACUACGACGUCUUCGACCUGCGGCCGGGCCUCUGGGUGCGGCCCUGGAUCAAAAGGGCCGACGUGAACCUGCGCGAGUACCUGGCGCUGCCCGAGUACGCGAACGUGCUCACGAAGAUGUUCGGCGCGACGUGCCCCCGCGACGCGACCUGCGCGGAGAGCGAGUCCUGCGGCUGCAGCCGCACGCAGCGGUGCCACGCCUACCGCAACGCGUCCCUGGGCGAGGCGCACGUCGCCGCGGCGGUCGCGAACCUGCGCGCGCACCGCGCGUUCGGCGUCCAGGAGGCGUUCAACGCGUCCGCGCGGCUCGCGGGCGCGGCCUUCGGCUUCGCCGUCGAGAGCCGCGACCUGCGGCCGGACCGCCCGUCGGCGGCGCUCGCGGGCCGGUGCAGCCCGUCGCGCGUCAUGCGCUCGGACCCGGCCGCGUGCCGCGCGGCGUUCGCGGGCCACGCGCUCGACGUCCGCGUCUUCGAGGCCGCGCACCGCGAGUUCUGCGGCCGCCUCGAGGCCGCGGGGCUGCGGCCGGCCGCGGACGCGGAGCUCGCGCGCGCGGGCCUCUGCGGCGAACUGCGCCACGACGACGCGGACGCGGUCUGCGGGCCCCUCGAGGCGCCCGCGGCGCUCGCGCGGCUCGAGGAGCUGCGGAGGCCCUGCCGCAAGGACGGCGCGUGGUGGGCGCUGAAGCACGGGUUCCACAGUACCGCGUGA